CGUUGUCCAUUGGACUUCGAAGAUGGCUGCGUCCGUGUCACAACACGAAGCGGUCUUUCUAUGUCUAUGGUUGUUACUCAACUUCUCAGAGUUUCAUGAAUAGAGUUUUAUUAUUUUAUUCUUAAAUAGGUUUUAUUUAUAUUGUGUGUAUUAUGGGCGUCGUGAAGCAUGUCGUUUGUGCCAUGUCAGGUGGCGUCGACAGUUCUGUCUCGGCAUUACUGCUUAAACGUAGAGGUUACCAUGUCACAGGAGUGUUCAUGAAAAACUGGGACUCGCUGGAUGAGAAAGGGGUAUGCACUUCCGAGAGAGACUGCGAAGACGCCUACAAAGUGUGCAGACAGUUGGAUAUACCUUUCCACCAAGUGUCCUAUGUGAAAGAAUAUUGGCAUGAAGUGUUUAGUAAUCUUCUGAAGGAAUACCAGAGGGGCCGGACUCCAAACCCAGACAUAAUAUGUAAUAAGCACAUCAAGUUCAAACACUUCUACCAGUAUGCGAUUAACUCGUUAGGUGCUGAUGCCAUGGCAACAGGUCACUAUGCAAGAACCUCUCUGGAGGACGAAGACGUCUUUCAUCAGAGACACGUUCCACCUCCUCAGACACUCUUCCGAGAUCGCUUCGAGAUCCGGAACCCUGUGAGACUGUUUCAAGGAGCCGACCGCUGUAAGGACCAGACCUUCUUCCUCAGUCAGGUAUCCCAGGAUGCACUGCGAAGCACAAUCUUCCCCUUGGCGAGUCUCACUAAGACCUUUGUGAGGAAGAUUGCUGCUGAGGCUGGCUUUGAGCACGUCCUGAAGAAGAAAGAGAGCAUGGGGAUCUGUUUCAUCGGUGAGAGGAACUUCGAAGAGUUCAUCCUGGAGUAUUUGGAUCAAAAGUCCGGCAAUUUUGUCUCCAUAGAGAACGGGAAGAUCAUGGGACAACACAAGGGAUGGUUCACUUUUACACUGGGGCAAAGGGCCAGGAUAGGCGGCCAGAGAGAUGCCUGGUUUGUGGUGGACAAAGACAUCACCACCAAUGACAUAUUUGUGGCACCAACCACGAACCACCCAGCACUCCUGAGGGACACGCUCCGGACGGAUCGGUUCCACUGGAUUGCAGAGGAACCACCAGCUGAGCUCAUUCGGACUAAAAUGAUGGAGUGCCGGUUCCGUUUCCAGAACCAGAUGCCACUGACUCCAUGCACUGUGACACUUAACCAGGACGGGUCUCUGUGGGUCAUGACCGCGGAGCCACUAAGAGCACUUACACCUGGACAGUUUGCGGUGCUGUAUAAGGGAGACGAGUGUCUGGGCAGUGGGAAGAUCAUGAGUCUGGGGCCCAGUGAGUACACACUGCAGCAGGGACGCAAGCGCCUCGGGGCAGAACCCCUGACCAACAACAGCCUCACCAAAACGGACCCACUCACGCAGACCAGCACGCCCGGAGAGGGGGAAGGCAAAGACUGAGAGUGUGUGUGUGUGUGUGUGUGAUAGAGAGAGAGUGAGUGAAAGAACAUUAGAUAGCAUAAUGGAGCAGUAAAAGUGUGUGUGUGUGUGUGCGCUAGUGUGUCUGUGUGACAGUGGAAGAUACAAGUACCAAAUCCCAUCACUGGACAGGAUAACUUACCUCACAAAUCCUCGGUUCCUUUGCAAGAGACCUCUGUGUUUUACGCUAUGCCAAACGCCAAGUGGACCCAAUACCCAGAGCCAGAGUUCUGGGCCAAUACAGUGUUUCAGACUCAGCGUGUGACCACAGGUGAAGGGAAGGUCAAAGUUUGGAGACCCUCCUCAUAACUUUCAAACAAGACAACUUCAAUAAUGAGAAAGAUGAUUUCCUCUCCACAGUCAAAUAGGUGACAGUUUUUUUGUUUGUUGCAUUGACAGAAAAUAACAUCCUCUUUUGUAUUUGAAAUGCAUAUAAUGGACUGUGUGCAUUGAAAACAUCAAAAGGCAGACCUUUUGGAUAAAAUAUGUGUUGCAGCAAAGUGCCUUUUCAGUGCAUCAUUGCAAAAACAGUAUGUCAGAUGUCAUAUUGGUUCCUAUGUGAUGGCAAAUCAUGUACCUAAGUGGGUUGUCAGUAUGCCACACUCCAAGGUGAUGAAGCCCAAUGAUUAAAACCAUAUUUAAGUAA